AUGAACACAUCUAUUCCACGUGAAGAAGUAUAUUCCUCGGAAAAAAGGGGGAGAUCUAGAACAAGAUCACCUUACAAAAACCUUUUGGUGCCGAGAUCGCGUUCUUUCCAAUCAUAUAAAAUUCAUGGAAGAGAUGAAUCUUCGCUUGGUUCUCAUAGAGGGCUGAGAGAUCUCACACCGUCAAGAUCAGCUAGUUCUGCAAUUGUAUCAAGGCCAGCAAAAAUAAUUGAAAGUGAUGAAAUGAAUGUUUCUUUCAAUCAUGCCUUUCCUGUGUUUAGCAACGAUGCUUCCCUUGUAUCGACAAGCACUAGUAGUAUGACAGUGGAUGAAUCGGCUGCAGAUGAAAUUCCAUUUCCUAUAAAGCCGAUAAAAUCACAAAAGAUUGAUACUGCUAUCGAAAAAGACUUUGAAAGAGAAUUUAAAAGAGAUACUAGCUCGGUUCUUGAGCAGCCUGGGAGAAGUCGGUCAAAGAAUGCACGUACCACUCGGCAUCCUAAAAUUUUUGAUAUAGAAGGUAGAGGCUAUAUUCCAAAGUUUCAAAUGCUACACGGAAGUUCCAUAAAUGGCUGUCCAGCAGUUUCCGUAACUUCUUCCCAUUCAAUAGACACGGAAAUUUAUCAACUACAGGAAUUGAAAUCACAGCAGGAGUUGUCUCCGGUUAGAGCAGAUACUGAUAUAAUAUGUUCUUCAAAGAAUAAGGUUAAUCGGAAUAGCCAACAUACCAAUCCGAAAAGGUCGGAUCCUACUGAAUCUUAUUGCAGCGUAGACCUUGAAGGGAGCAAUUCCUUUGAAACAAAUUCUAUGACUGGAAAUGAAAGAAAAUCUCGAUGGCAUAAAUUAAGGGAUUACGUCGGAAAUAAAGUCGCUACUUCUUUAUCACCCACAUUUAGCACGAAAACACCGAUGGAGGAGGCAAAAAAUAUCGUUAAUAGGCACUUGCUGGCAUCUGGUCAUGCUGGCAAAGAUGAUGAAAAUGAUGUAGUUGGUCCAUAUGACAGUGAUUUUGACGAUGAAAUAUUUUGGACCAGUGAUGAUGAAUUAUCUGUGAGUAAUGAUUCAUUUGCUAAUGGCAAGAAGAAGGGUAAACGUGUUAGGGUUGGAAUCGCAUCGCAUUUAAUGCAAUUGCAUGAACCAUCAAGUGAUUUGCGGGAAGUAGAUGGGAUAUAUCAGGAAUCACACUCUGACUCGAAUCUUGGUCCAAGUAAUAGUUCUAAACAAUCUUUAUUAGACAAAUUUACACUCAAAAGAUCUUCUCAGAGUUUCACUAAUUUGGGAACAAAGAUAUUUCCAAAACCUCGUCAGUCAGACUUUAAUAUGCCAUCUUUCAAACGGAAUGUUGACGGAAAAUAUGCAAAUCGGAAAAAAAAUUGUUUUCGUGGCCGGUUUAAUGUGAGCAAAGAGCCAGUAUCUACUGCAAGGAUAACAGUGCAUAUUGCAGAUAUUAUACAGAGACAGAAGUUCAUUUUGACGCUUUGUAAGGCAUUUAUGGGCUAUGGUGCUCCAAAUCAUCGUUUAGAAGAAUACAUGAGACGUACUGCCCAGGUUUUGGAGAUUGAUGCCUCUUUUGUUUACUUUCCUGGUGUCAUUAUUGUGUCUUUUGGUGAUCCUUCCACCAAGACAUCAGAGAUCAGAGUGAUACGAGUUAGUCAAGGAUUUGAUUUAUCAAAGCUUGACGAUGCACAAGAUAUAUAUAAGGCCGUUGUUCAUGAUCGACUCGGUGUGGAGGAGGCAAUCCAUAAAUUGGAUGACUUGUUAACUUGUAGACCCAUCUUUAACAAUUUUUGGAUGAUUAUUUUCUAUGGACUUGCUAGUGCAUUCAUCAUAAUAUGGUUUAACGGCUCGUGGCUUGAUAUGAUACCUAGUUUUGUUAUGGGAUGUAUUGUUGGCUUUUUUCAGUUAGUUAUUGCGCCCAAAUCAACACUUUAUUCAUCCGUUUUUGAAGUCGCUAGCUCCAUAUUACUUAGCUUCUUAGGAAGAGCAAUUGGAUCAGUUUAUGGUGGACGUUUAUUCUGUUUCAGUGCAAUUGUACAAAGUGGGCUUGCAAUGAUACUUCCUGGAUAUACUAUUAUGUCUGGCGCUCUAGAAAUUCAGAGCCGAUCUAUAGUUUCCGGAACUGUCCGAAUGUUCUAUGCAAUAGUCUAUUCUUUAUUUCUUGGAUUUGGUAUUACGCUAGGAUCUGCAUUAUAUGGAUGGAUAGACAGUAAUGCUGUGACAUCAACAACCUGCAGUGCUGAUGCAUUACCUCCACUUUGGAAUUUGUUGUUUAUUCCUGCAUUCACUGUUUUUGCGACUUUGGGCGUAGAAGCUAGAUGGUCGCAACUUCCUAUAAUGGUCAUAAUCGCCAGUGCAGGUUAUGCGGUCUAUUACUUUUCGGCAAGGCAUUUUAGUAUUUCACAGUUUAAUGCUGCUCUUGGUGCCUUUGUCGUCGGGUUACUAAGUAACUUAUAUUCUCGAUUCGGUAUGCCUUUCCGCAGACUUGGUUAUUGUGGUUCUGCAUUUACUGCUAUGUAUCCAGGCAUCAUUGAUUUGGUCCCAGGAAGUGUUGCAUCAAGAAAUGUCCUCGCUGCAGGAAUAACUCAGUUGAACUCCGCUGGGUCAGCUACUGGAAGUUCUAGUAAUGAUCUUAUUGGUGAUAGCACGUUAACUUUCGGAAUUACUAUGAUCGAAGUCUCUAUAGGGAUAUCAGUUGGUUUGUUCUUGAGUGCAAUUAUUGUUUAUCCGUUUGGUAAAAAGAAAACAGGCAUAUUUACUUUAUAA